AUGUUUGGAUGGAACAAUAUAAGCAACCUGAGAAAGGAACAGAAUUCCACUUUUGGUGAAAUAAUUAUAACCUGCGAAUUUGAAACUGUGAUCAGUAUGGACUAUAUGGUCUACUUCAAUUUCUUUGUCUGGGUACUUCCUCCCCUCAUCCUGAUGCUAAUUAUUUAUUUGGAGGUAUUCAACCUAAUUCAGCGACAGCUUAACAAGAAAGUGUCUUCCAGCUCAAAGGACCCACAAAAGUACUAUGGAAAGGAACUGAAAAUUGCCAAAUCAUUAGCUCUGAUCUUACUGUUAUUUGCUCUGAGCUGGCUACCAUUACACACAAUAAACUGCAUCACGCUGUUCUGCCAGACUUGCAACACACCUAUGAUCAUAACUUACAUUGCUAUCUUUUUGACCCAUGGGAACUCUGCUAUGAACCCUAUUGUCUAUGCCUUCCGUAUUGAAAAGUUCAGAUCUACGUUUUUGUAUAUCUGGAAGAAAUAUUUCUGCUGCAAAAGUGGAAGAGAACUUAACAGAGCAAACACAACGAACAUUGAGAGAUCUUGUUCAAAACAUGUAAUCUAA